AUAGUAGUAAGGUAGAGCAUUUCAGGUGAAUUUUAUAACCAUUUUUAUUAAUUGGUGAGUGAUAUUUACAGCAAAAAUGUUAAUAAAAUGCGUAUAAGCAAUGCAUUUCACACCUAUGAAUUGGUUUUCGUGUUUCUCAUCAAUUAUUUGAAAAUAAGUACUGCUUGGGGUAAAGGGAGAUAUUUCAGUGAUUACGAAUACCCUGAAAUUCAGUUACUCUUCAGUUCAAAAGAGGAAACUAAUGCAGAAAGAGAUAGCAAAACUGGAAACAUCAGAACAGUUCAAGAUAAUGCUGGAUUCUCUCCAGCAGUAGAUAGUGACGGAAAUUCCUUUCUAGAAGCAUCGGAACGACACAAAAUCCCAAAUGAGCAUAUGUUGAAACCAUGGAUGAGGAAGCCUUAUGCAGAAGAGAUCAAUCACGAGAAAAUAACCAACGAUAAAAAUAAGGAAAGGAAUUCUGAAGAAUAUAAGUUUAAAGAAGAAAAACACACCAUAAAAAGUAACCAAUUUAAGAAUACACCUAUUGGCGAUGUUGAAAAAAGACAAUUUUGGCUAAAUGAAGACAAAAACAGAAAAAUAUUAAGUAGCUACAUAAAUUCACGGAGGGAAUCUAAUAGUGAAUCGGGUAACAUAGUGCGUCCACGGAAAACAAAAUAUCAUAAAAGAGUAAAUUUUCUGAACCAUAACAGAAUCUCCCCUUUCAGAGGAGAUUCUAACAAGAGAUAUAAAAAUCAAGUAGUCAAAGCUUCGCAUGAAAAUGAUGCUGAUACACUAAAUGAUGAGAAAAGUGAUAACGGCAAUGACCUUGAAAUGAAACUAGGAACAAACCCAGCAUCGACUAAUCUUAAUGAAAAGAUUUUUAGCGGUUCUCGUGUUAUACCAGAAUACGAAGAAAAUGUUCAAGAAUAUGACGAACUCACGGGGAUGCUCAGUAAAAAUGAAGCUAUGGCUGCCAAAAACCUACUAUCGAAUCCUUCAGCGGCCGGUCAAACGAAAGAAGAAUUAACGGGUAGCACAAAACUAAAUUAUGAAACACCUGGUGUAGUGAAUGAACACAAUGAAGUAACGAAUGUUAAGAGCAUUGUUACAAAUCAGCCUAUCAAGUAUGAGUCUACUCAAGGCAAUAUCACUAAUGGAAAUCAAGGAGUCGUCAGUAAUGAAAUAACAUUCAUCAACCGGGUGCCAUCAUUACUUACAGAAACUAGCAGGCUCUACAUUGGAAUGCCACCCUCAACUAUUACAAAUCACCCACUUUCGUCAAUUCAAGAAACCAAUUCAAAACUAAAUGCCAGCCAAGCCAAUGGUAAUGGAAUGAUUGUAAGACAAUUCAAUAGAGUCGUGCAAGAAAAUCAUCCCCUCCUCGCUAAGCCUCCUGUCAAAAUUGCUGGCACCUUAAUGGAUAAGCACUCCGAGGACGAUAACGAAGUAAUUUUAGAAGAAAAAGAUAAUAAAAUGGUGAAGGUGGCACAAAUUAACACAAAAAUAAUAUCCUCUACAGACUUGAAUCCUGUUGGCGUGUCUGUAGGUUUGCAAAAUAAUGUACCAAGUAAUGCUCAAGUACAAGAAACAUCCAAGACCGUUCUUUUUAACGAAAAUUAUGAUCCUUCUCCAAAAAAAAAGCGCAAUAUAAAUGAAAAAAAGACAGCUAACGCUCGUGAAUUGUUGAAAGAAAAAUCGCCCACAAAUAUUUUAGAAAAUAAAUUGGCAGAAAAGAAGAGCGGUUUAGAAUCAAUAGAUUCUUUAAUUGACCUCGAUAACGAUGAAUCUUAUGAAACAAAAAAAAAUAAGUUUAUUAAACCCGGCUACUAUUCUCUGACUAAAAGUAAUACAGCUUUAGGAAUGGUAAAUAAUCUUAUGACAAAACUGAGACCCAGUCCAUUUGUGAAAAAGAAAAAAAUGCGUGAAGAGAAAUACAACGAAAGCUACAAAAGAAAUGUCCCAUUGACAUAUGAGGUAGGAGUUGAUUCUGGUUAUGAUUAUUAUAGGAGUAAAGAUGGACAACAGGGGGAUCCGAUACGCGCUUACUAUGAUUAUGAAAACGAUUAUGAUUUGGAUUACAAGGAUAGCGAUUAUCCUAGGGUGAGUCAUUUGAAUCACACUGCCCUAGCUGCUGAAAAAGAAUUAUAUGAUUAUGACGCAAAGAGUUUCUCUAACAAUUUUCCGAGAAACAAGAAUAAGUCGAAGAGAAACAAGUACAGAAAGGUGGAAGAAUCCUACGGGGACAUAUUCGCUCACCCAAUAUCUUUGGACGACCCGGAAUUGCAGAUAUUGAGAGAUGACGACGACGAAUUAGUCAAGCGGCGCAUGCACCAUAACAAUUUUGCGACGAGGCACAGGGAGAAGUCAGAAGGCAAGGAAUUCUCUCAAUUCCAGAAUGGUAAGACCGCGGAGGUGGAAUCCAUGCCACGGAGCCACUUAAAGAAAAAUAAAAUGGAACAAGGAUUACACGCUCGGCAUAAUAAAGUCCAGACUUCAAAGAAGCAAGCAAUGGGUGAUAACGAAGUAAGCGAUAAAAAAAAUCAUUAAAGUACUGUAAAGAAAACAUUUUAAGUAAUAUGUAAUAUAUCAUUAAAAUAAAAAAAAAAUAUUAAACACUAUAUUAAAGAAUAUUGAAAAAUAGAACAAUAAAA